CUUCUCAUCCGUCUCUGAGCAAUCCCGCUGCCUGUGUCGGAGGUGACUGCCAGGAUCUUUCAGCUGCGAGUUCCCAGCGCAAAGAAAACAAAGGUUGUUCCAUGUCCGAGCUCCAGAGCUCCUGGGAAAUGCACCAGCAGAGCAUGGCCUAUCUUCCAGAUGCAGACACAGAGAUGAUGGCUGCUGGCACAUCGCUUCCCGACCCGGCUGGCGACUUCGACAGGAACGUGCCCCGUAUCUGUGGGGUCUGUGGGGACAGAGCCACUGGCUUUCACUUCAACGCCAUGACCUGCGAAGGCUGCAAGGGCUUCUUCAGGAGAAGCAUGAAGAGGAAGGCCAUGUUCACGUGCCCGUUCAACGGCGACUGCAAAAUCACCAAGGACAACCGGCGGCACUGCCAGGCCUGUCGGCUGAAGCGCUGCGUGGACAUUGGCAUGAUGAAGGAGUUCAUCCUGACAGACGAGGAGGUUCAGAGGAAGCGCGAGAUGAUACUGAAGCGCAAGGAGGAGGAGGCGCUCAAGGAGAGCCUGAAGCCCAAACUCUCGGAGGAGCAGCAGAAAGUCAUCGACAUCCUCCUCGAGGCUCAUCGCAAAACCUACGACCCCACGUACUCCGACUUCACCAAGUUUCGGCCCCCUGUGAGAAACAACCCUAGCAACAGAGGAGCAGCAAGAUCCUCCUCCCUCCUCACCCAGGACUUGUCCUCAGAGGACUCCACCGACCUCUUCAGCUCCGAUGCCUUCAGCACGUUUCCAGAGUCUGUGGAGCCCCAGAUGUUCUCGAACCUGGUGCUCUCCGAGGAGAACGAUGAGAGCUCCUCCAUGAACUUUGACUUCUCCCACCUCUCUAUGCUCCCGCACUUGGCCGACCUGGUCAGCUACAGCAUACAGAAGGUGAUCGGCUUUGCCAAAAUGAUCCCGGGAUUCAGGGAUCUGGCAGCAGAGGACCAGAUAGUCCUGCUGAAAUCCAGCGCCAUCGAGGUGAUCAUGCUGCGCUCGAACCAGUCCUUCACCCUCGAGGACAUGACGUGGACCUGUGGCAGCAACGACUUCAAGUACAGGAUCAGUGAUGUCACCCAAGCUGGUCACAGCAUGGAGCUGCUCGAGCCGCUGGUGAAGUUCCAGAUUGGCUUGAAGAAGCUGAACCUUCAUGAAGAAGAGCACGUCCUCCUCAUGGCCAUCUGCAUCCUGUCCCCAGGUAGGAGCACACUCAUCCCCAGAGGGGCAGCUCCCAGGGGGUCCCCAGUCACUCCUGAGUCCCCCAGCCAGGGCUCCCCAGCCUCACUGCACCCCCCCCAGCAGGACGCGGAGGUGGUGCGCACCCGAGACCCCCAGCGCCUGGCCCAGUGUGACGUGGUGGUGGACGUAGGGGGUGAGUACGACCCUGAGCGACACCGCUAUGACCAUCACCAGAG